AUGGCGUGGAACCAAGAUUCAGGACAUCUGAUGGUCGGUUCUGCCUUGCAUAGACCAUCGCAGUCGAUCGACGGCGAUACUUUGCGUCCGCGGGCGGACUCAUUUGCUUCUUCUGAUGCAGACACCUUGAUGCGCUCACGGGCCAACUCAGAUGUAGAUCCGGCUCAUGCUGUCAAAGCUGGCUAUGACGACGUCUCGCUAGCUGAUGCGUUGAAGCCGGAUCCUCGCAACGAGACUGAUUUCCAGGUGGAAGAUAAUCGGUUUGCGUUUUCUCCAGGCCAGCUGAACAAGAUGCAGGGCCCGAAGUCUUUAGCUGCUUUCCAUGCUCUUGGUGGCCUGGAGGGCUUGGGGCGGGGUCUGCGGACAGAUCUCGAUGCUGGGUUAUCUUUGGAUGAAGCCUCUCUAGAGGGUACAGUUGAGUUUCAGACUGUUGCACCUUUUGUUCAACCCCAUACUGGCAAGUCAUUGCCAGAGACCCAUACACCGGCGCCGGCACCAGUGUCGUCUGGUAAUGGCUCGCCGUUUGAAGACCGCAUUCGUGUCUUCGGCCAAAAUAAACUGCCUGCUCGAAAAUCAUCCGGGUUCUUGAAAUUAUUCUGGAUUGCUUAUAACGACAAGAUUAUUAUAUUAUUGACUAUUGCCGCCAUAGUCUCGCUAUCCCUCGGCAUUUACGAGACCGUGGAUGCCGGUUCCGGUGUCGACUGGGUAGAAGGAGUUGCCAUCUGCGUGGCGAUUCUCAUUGUGACUGUGGUCACGGCUGCGAACGACUGGCAAAAAGAGAGGCAAUUUGCCAAACUCAACAAGCGGAAUGACGACCGUGAAGUAAAAGUCGUCCGCUCAGGCAAAUCUUCCAUGAUUUCAGUUUAUGAUCUCAUGGUCGGCGACGUCCUUCAUCUAGAAGCAGGUGACUCCAUCCCUGCAGAUGGUAUUCUCAUCACAGGUCACGGGGUAAAAUGCGACGAGUCCUCUGCCACCGGCGAAUCAGAUCAGAUGAAGAAGACUCCGGGCCAUGAGGUCUGGCAACAGAUUGUCGCCGGCAGGGCAACUAAGAAACUUGACCCAUUCCUUAUUUCUGGCAGCAACGUCCUGGAGGGCGUGGGAACUUAUCUGGUUACUAGUGUUGGGCCUUAUUCUACCUACGGCCGGAUCUUGCUCUCAUUGCAAACUCCCAAUGACCCCACGCCACUUCAGGUAAAGCUGGGUAAACUGGCUGAUUGGAUUGGUUAUCUGGGUACUGCGGCUGCUGGCGUCUUGUUUUUCGUUUUGCUCUUUCGAUUUGUCGCAGACAUUCCUAACCACCCUGAGCGAAAUGGUGCUGUGAGGGGCAAGGAAUUCGUCGAUAUCCUGAUUGUUGCCGUAACGGUUAUUGUUGUCGCUAUUCCAGAGGGUCUUCCACUGGCAGUAACUCUAGCCUUGGCUUUCGCUACCACGCGAAUGGUCAAGGAGAACAACCUUGUCCGUGUGCUUCGCGCUUGCGAGACUAUGGGAAAUGCCACAGUAAUCUGCUCCGAUAAAACAGGCACACUCACACAGAAUAAGAUGACUGUUGUCGCUGGAACCUGGGGCUCAGAUCGUGGCUUCAGUCAGAAAACCGAGAAUGAAGACUUGGACAGUUCAAUGUCAACAUCGGAGGUCUCCAAGCAACUCUCAGCUCCUGUUCGGGAUUUAAUCAUCAAAAGCGUUGCCUUGAAUUCUACUGCAUUUGAGCAGGAAAACGAGGGCCGCAAAGACUUUGUUGGCAGCAAGACUGAGGUCGCACUACUUCAGCUUGCCCGUGAUUACAUGGGCAUGGAUCUUGUUUCGGAGCGCGGAUCUGCCGAAAUCGCUCAGCUGAUUCCUUUCGACUCCGACAGGAAGUGCAUGGGUGUAGUUUACCGCGUCCCCGGUUCAGGGUACCGACUACUUGUCAAGGGUGCAUCUGAAUUGAUGGUCGACACCUGCACUUCGCAGAUUGCCAACGUUGAAACUUCUAAAGAGGCAAUUGAUAUCGAGCAGCUUUCUGAUGAACAGAAGCAGCGCAUCCUGAACACAAUCGACACUUAUGCUCACAAAUCCCUUCGGACUAUUGGUUUGGUUUGCAAGGACUUUGCCAGCUGGCCUCCUGCAGAAGCCAUAAAUCCUGAAGAUCCCAAGUCAGCGAACUUCGAGGACGUCUUUCACACAAUGACGUGGGUCGGAGUCGUAGGUAUCCAAGACCCUCUACGCCCUGAAGUCCCACCAGCCAUCCGCAAAUGCCAUUCGGCAGGUGUACAAGUCAAGAUGGUGACCGGCGACAAUGUCGCCACAGCCACAGCCAUCGCAUCUUCUUGUGGAAUCAAGACGGAAGGUGGACUCGUUAUGGAAGGACCCAAGUUCCGACAAUUGUCAGACGCGGAGAUGGACGAAGUGAUUCCGCGUUUGCAAGUACUGGCACGGUCAUCCCCCGAGGACAAGCGCAUUCUGGUUGCACGGCUUAAAGCCCUUGGGGAAACUGUCGCCGUCACUGGUGACGGAACCAACGACGGACCGGCUCUGCGAACUGCUGACGUCGGAUUUUCCAUGGGUAUUGCUGGCACUGAGGUCGCCAAGGAGGCGAGUUCCAUUAUUCUUCUUGACGAUAACUUCCGGUCUAUUGUCACCGCGAUCGCUUGGGGCCGAGCGGUUAAUGAUGCCGUUGCCAAGUUCUUGCAGUUCCAGAUCACGGUCAACAUCACUGCUGUGGUGCUCACUUUUGUGUCAUCUGUCGUGAGUAGUGACAACAAGAGCGUUUUGAGUGCGGUUCAGCUACUUUGGGUGAACUUGAUCAUGGACACCUUUGCUGCUUUGGCCUUGGCCACCGAUGCACCAACUGAAAAGAUUCUCGACCGCAAGCCCGUCCCAAAGCACGCUUCCCUCUUCACAUUAACCAUGUGGAAAAUGAUCCUCGGUCAAGCAGUAUAUCAACUGGCCAUUACAUUCAUGUUAUACUUCGCAGGCGACAAACUUCUUGGUGCACAUCUCAGCUCCGAGCCCGCUGUCCGCGAGAAAGAGCUUGCAACCGUUGUGUUCAACACUUUUGUGUGGAUGCAAAUCUUCAAUGAGUUCAACAAUCGUCGCCUAGACAACAACUUCAACAUCUUUGAAGGUAUGUUCCGCAACUACUGGUUCUUAGGGAUCAACGCCAUCAUGGUCGGUGGUCAGAUCAUGAUCAUCUUCGUGGGUGGCCAGGCCUUCGGUGUGACUCGCUUGAGCGGCAUCCUCUGGGGUAUUUGCAUUAUUUGCUCUAUUGCUUGUCUUCCCUGGGCUAUCGUUCUCCGUCUCAUUCCAGACUACCACUUCGGUAUUGUCUUCAACGCUGUUGUUGGUGCUAUGGCUGUCGUUAUGCGGCCACUAUCCCGCGGAUGCAAAGCCAUCGGCCAUGGCAUCAAGGCCUUCUUCCGGCCUAUGACGCGGUUCACUCGCCGCAUCGUGUUGAAGGGAAAAUCUGCAAACGAGGACCAGUUGGUUUCGCAGCCAAAAAAGUCUGUAGAUCCCGAAGAUCUUCGCGAGCAAGUUGAAAUGAACGACCAAAAAUCCAAUGGGCGUCCUACUACACCUCCUUCUGUUAUGGUGCCGCCCAUCACGAUUACGAGCUCUCCUUGA